ACGUUAAGCCAAUACCUAAAGCAGCACGAGAACGCGUACUUGGACAGGGACUCGCAGGCCACUGAACCGUCAGAGAUCUUCCACCAGGUGGAGCAUGUUCCUCUGCCGUCGCCGAUGCCUCGUGAAAACAACAACAACAACAACAUCAAUAACAAUGUAAUCAACAAUAACGGCGGCAACAACAACGGCGGAAACGGCCACAAGCGGCCGUACCCGUUGGCCGACGGUUACUACGAGACCGGUUACGCGGCCGACCUGGAGUACCAGCAGCCAUGCGUCAAGCGGUCGAACCUCGGUUACGCCAUGCCGUUCAUGUACCAUCAGCCACACCUCCAACCGCAAGAACCUCCACCGCCGCCUCCACUGCCGCCGCCGCCGUCGCACCCGUACAACAUAUUGCCACUGCUCCAAAUCCGCGAGACGGAAGAUCACAAAGGUCACGUAGAGGACGAAUGGAAGAACAUACACGUGAUGUUGAACUGUAUACUGAGCAUGGUGGAAAAGACGAAAAAAGCGUUGGGUAUACUCCAGGAGCGUGGCAUGACCGAAACGAGUUUUCCAGACUGGAACCGAAAGAAAACGACCGAAGAAGUUCUGGCGCAGACGGUACGCCACACGGAAGAGAAGAUCGAAACCAUCAAAAAGAAAGCUGGUAAGAAAUAUGUUUAAGCUCGCCAAAGGGGCGUUUUCGAUUUUAUCCCGUGUCCCGUGACGAUGAUCAUUGCUUUGCGUUCGUUUAAUUAAUAUAAUAUAAUAAGUAUUGUUAUUUAAGAAAUAUUGUGUUAUACUGUCGU